CACAGCUGAUCACAUGUAAACAGGGAAAUGCCGGUUAUCGGCAUUUCUCAUGAGCUCCCCAGCAGUGCCACCUGUCAAUGUCCAUCAGUGCCAGCUGUCAGUGCUCAUCCGUGUCACCUGUCAGUGCCCAUCAGUGCCAUAUCAGUGCCACAUUUCAGUGCCCAUCAGUGCCACAUCAAUGCCACAUAUCAGUGCUCUUCUGAGCUGCCAUUCAGUGUCACCCAUCAGUGCCAGUCAGUGCCACCUAUCAAUGCCAGUCAGUGCCACCUAUCAUUGCUGCCAAUCAGUGCCACCUAUCAGUGCCAGUCAGUGCCACCUAUCAGU